CGGGGGUUUCCUUGUCUUUGACUGGAGACCAACGAGCAGAGAGGAGGAUGAUAACAGCAUCCCUUUGCUGUUAUUCAGCCAUCACACAUCUCGAUGAACUGCCCGCACAGAAACCACUGAUCGUGCCUUCUGCUUUUUGCAGGGCAGAGAUACUGAUCAGUGUCUGAAAGACUGCAUCCCUUUUUAUAUGAAAUUAUUUUUUCAUAUACUCCCUUUUUUUAUUUCAAGGUCUCUGUAGCCUGACUCUUUCCACCAUGGUGCUAGGAAAGGUAAAGAGCUUCAGAGUAAGCUACGACUGUCUGAAUGACAGCAAUGUCCCCGUGUUCUCCAGCGGGGACUGCGUCUCAGGGAGGGUGAUCAUCGAAGUCACCGGAGAAAUCCGAGUCAAAUCUCUCAAAAUCCACGCCAAAGGAUUUGCCAAAGUUCGUUGGACUGAAUCGAGAAACGCUGGAUCCAACACUGCCUACACGCAAAACUACACAGAAGAAGUGGAAUAUCUAAAUCACAAAGAUAUCUUAAUUGGGCACGAGAGAGACGAUGACAACUCGGAGGAAGGACUCACCACUAUCCAUUCAGGAAGACAUGAGUAUGCAUUCAGCCUCGAGCUUCCACAGACACCUCUGGCUACCUCUUUCGAAGGGAAGCAUGGCAGUGUGCGCUAUUGGGUAAAAGCAGAACUCCACAGGCCUUGGCUCCUGCCCAUGAAGACCAAGAAGGAAUUUACAGUCUUUGAGCACAUUGACAUCAACACUCCAUUAUUGCUGUCACCACAGGCCGGCACGAAAGACAAGACGCUUUGCUGUUGGUUCUGCACCUCAGGUCCUAUUUCCCUAAGUGCCAAAAUUGAAAGGAAGGGAUACACCCCAGGAGAGUCGAUCCAGAUCUUUGCAGAGAUUGAGAACUGCUCCUCCCGCAUGGUGGUGCCAAAGGCGGCCAUUUACCAGACCCAGACCUUCUAUGCCAAAGGGAAGAUGAAGGAGGUCAAGCAGCUGGUGGCCAACCUGCGGGGAGAGUCUCUGUCCUCGGGUAAAACGGAGACCUGGAACGGCAAGAUGCUGAAGAUCCCACCUGUCUCCCCCUCCAUCCUGGACUGCAGCAUUAUCAGAGUGGAGUACUCCCUCAUGGUUUACGUUGACAUACCUGGGGCGAUUAACCUGUCCCUGAACCUGCCCCUGGUCAUCGGCACCAUCCCCCUCCACCCCUUUGGCUCCCGUACCUCCAGCGUCAGCAGCCAGUGCAGCAUGAGCUGGCUUGGCAUGGGGCUCCCAGAGAGACCGGAAGCUCCUCCAAGCUAUGCAGAGAUUGUGACAGAAGAGCAGAGGCAGAGCAGUCUGGACGUCCCUGCAGCCCGCGAGGACCUGAAUGGACCGCUCUUCGCCUACAUUCACGAGUUCCGCUUCCAGCCUCCUCCUCUGUACUCUGAGAUCGAUCCCAACCCAGAACACGCCAGACGCACGGAGGAGCGCAGACUGGACGCCUGCCCGUCACGUUGAAGGGUUUCUCUGAAAUUCCCCUGAGCGACUCGGGGAUCCCUAAGAAAGAAACCGGCUUGCAAGGCUCAGCUUUGUUUAUUUUUCUCCAACAACAACGUUCCCACAACGCUGUUGACGUCGGAGGAAAAACAAAGUGUCCAACCAACCGACAAAGACUUGGACCUAUGUCCACAGUCGAGUUGGACAAAUCUGUUCCUGCCUUCCCCCAGCGAGAGAAACGGGAGCCACUAGUUUGGGGCAUCGCUUCCUUCCUGUCAGCCUGCUGAGGGGGGGGAUGUAUACAGGUGAACACAUAUUCAGUCUGUAUGAUAAAACACCCCACUGGUAGCCAGAGCCCCGGUGAUAGUAUUGACGAUGAAGACGAGGCUCGGCCUGCUGAAGCUCCUCUUUAACCUUUUGAUUCUUCUGUACUCAUGGCACAUAAGGACAUGGCUCCUCACACAAAGGGCGAGACUAAUCAUGUCCCGACUUCAGCAGAAUCAACCUAAAGAAAACGGGGCAAAGAGAGCAACACCGCAGUCCGUAUGAAUGAGAGCGCUCAGCGGCAGCAGUCAGUACCAGAGCAAAGACUAAUUCCUCCUGCCUCAUUUUGGAUUUCUGUUUUGCACAUUUUAUUCUUUACUUGAGUUGUGUGGCUCUGUUUAAUGAAAAAAGAAAAAAAUCACUAAUAGUUUGGUUCCAGCCUUGUAACGCGCCAGACUACAAAUAUAAGACUGCAAGGCUUACAUUUUUUUCCUCUUCAUCACUUCGAGCAAUGCUGAGAACAGGAUUUGCUUUUUGUUUGUUUAAAAAAAAAAGAAGAAGAUUGACAAGGACAAGAACAAUGCACUGAAUUAGAGAAGAUAUUUCUUUUUCUCCCUAUGACUUUUCCCUCAGUGACUUAUAACAACUAGACUGGACUUUUUUCGAAAACUGCAGCACAUUAUUUCCAUCUGGAAGCUCUUUACGAUGUUGCCGCUUCAGCUUGGAUCCAUGUGUGGCUUCCCUCCGCUUUUACUUCAGUUCUGUUAGUUUGUAUUUCGACUCCAAUCCUAGAAUGGCUUCUUUUUGUGUUGAGGUUGCUCUGAAUUUGGACUAGGAGGGUUGCAGACCUUGCAUUUGCCACUCAAAUUGUAGCUGAAAAGUGUGUAUCUGUGUGUGUGUGUGUGUGUGUGUGAGUGAAACAGAGAGCGUGGUGUAUUGUGGAGGGACUCGCCUCACCCUUAUUACCUGCAGCCCCUCUACUCCUAAUCUCAGGGCUAACCAGGCUUGCAUAACUGCCCAAAAAGCACUGUCUCAGGUGGUCGUCUCACAUGCCAAAUGUUUGGUGGAGAAAGAAAAAAGGUAAAGAAAAUGUUUUAAGUUUUUAAAUGCGCUGCUAAUAAUAAUAAUGAAUACUUUUCCAAAAACUAGAGAGUAGACCCGCAGUGACGCAAGCUUUCUGAGAUGAAUCACAUUCCCUUUAUUUUUGUCCUGCUGCACUUGCCCAGUUCAUCCAACCAGACCAGUGAAACCAGAAUGCUAGCUAUUAAAAAAAAAAAAAAAAUGGAGAAAGAGGAGUGACCCUGCUUCUGUGUUUUUAAAGAAGCAAACCCAGCACAAAUAAAUAUAAAAAAAAAGAAAAGCUGGGGACGUUGCGAAACCUUUGUUCAGUUUGGUCAGAACAAGUAGUAGUAGGCUGACAUGAGUAAUACAUUGGUUUUCUAACUCAUUCAGCACAAAAGACCAGCUGCAACAGAGGUUUGGCAUAGUCAGGAAGAAAAGAAAAGCAGCACUUUUUUUUGAUAAGAAAAUAGAAAUAAUACAAAAAAAAAAGCAUUCAAUGGUGAAGGUUUGGAGAAAUUGGUAGUUAUUACCAUGUUAGGACUUUUUCAGUAAAGCACUGCUUUGUAGGACGUUUUUUGUUAAGAUUACCAACUUUUCUUUAAAGUUUACAUCUUUAACGUAGCUGACACAGGUUUGUAUGCGUGUGUGUGUGUGUGUGUGUGUGUGAAUGUGUGUGCACGCUCUUACGGAGAUCCAGUUGGCAACUAACUAAACCGCUUCAGAGAGUAAUCGACAGACUGCAGAUUAUAAAAGUGAUCUUAUCUUAGUGGCCUUGACACAGAAAAGACCUGAUCAUGACUCUUCAUUUUUCAGCGUCUACGUUAACUCUUGUUUAUUUUGUCCGUACACACCUGUAUUUGUUUUAGACCUUUCCAUGUUUCAAGGACAAAAAGGGAAGAGGAUUAAAAAAAAAAAAAAAGUCCUUUUUUAGAAGCAAGAUCCUGGACAGGCCUCUGAAGAUGAUGAGGGUUUUUUUUGUAUGUAUUUCUGGGCAUUAAUAUAGUUUGCUUCCUAGUUUAAAAAGCAGCCUUCCUGAGUUAGUCUCCCUGACCUCUCCGAUCCCCCUCAGGUGUGGGGGUGGCAGCUGUUGAUCAGCACCCCUUCCCUCGUAUCAUUCAAACAUUUCGAUAGCCUGGGAUAGCAGACACAACUUCUUCCACAGUAGGCUAUCCUUUUUUUGAAGUUUCUUUGUUUGGGUUUUAUCUUAGGGAUCGAGCUACACACUAAUGAAUAAGCUUACAUAUUUGUUUCAGGUUGGUCAAUUCCAUAGUCCAUUUGCUCGGGUCGCAGAGUAGUCCAGUGUCAAAACUAAGCUAAACUCCUGACCUGAUUUAAAAGGCAGGAACUGAAAUGUUCACAGAUAUAAAAAAACAAAACAGCAACCUGGGAGACAGGAUCUGAAACAUUUUAGAAACAAAGUGCAAUAUCACUCACUGAAUUUUCCUCAUUCUCCAUUUGUAUGUUUUGUUUUUGAUCUUUUGUUUUGGUCUUUUGAACAUGACGAUGUAUAGAUAUUCUAUGAAUAUGCUAUGUUCUGAAUGGUUUAACCUUUUGUCUAGUUCUUCCUUUGAUUUGAAUAAACAUUUUGUUCUAAAUUACAA